AUUUCUGUGGUUAUGUUAUUAUCGUGAUUACCGGUUGAUACAAUAUAAUGCAAUUUUAAAUAUUAUAAAAAAAUAAUAAUGGAUUUUUGGCGGUUUAGUGUUUGACGUUUUGUGUUUCUCAUGGUUUUUGUUAGUUUUAAACUCCUUUUUCUAUGCGUUCGAAAGUCUAGUUGUUAAAAUUAUCUACAACAUCUCCAUAGAGUUAGAUAUUAGAUACCUACUCGAGACUAUUCACUCGUUCACAUUAUUAUACUCAGUGCUCGUAAUAUCUGUUUUAGGCAACAUGCCUAAAGAUAUAAGGUCAUACUUUGCAAAAACUGACGGGACCAACAAAAAGAAAGACUUAAAACAUACAAUAACACCAAAUCAAAAAGGAAAAUCAUCUAAAAAAAGGCAUGUACUAUCAAGUGAUGAUGAAGAUGAUGUAGUACCUCCUACACCAGCUCAUAAACAGAAACAAAUAUUACCUGAAAAACGAAAACUCAUUAAUCCAGCGGAUGUUUUUGGUUCAGAACCAGUAAAACAAACCACAAUCAAUGUGAUAAAACAAAAAAAAAAAACUCAAGUUGAUCUGCUUGAACAAGAAUUUGAUUUUGAAUGGGGCGAAUUGGACAACAUUGAAAAACAACUCAAUGAAUCAAAAUCAAAUGAUAUUUCUAUAUCUCCCAAAAAAUCUCCAACUAAAUCAAAUCAAAUUACACCAAAAAACUCUCCAGCUAAAUAUGAUACUUUCAGAACACCUACAGUUUCACCAGCUAGUAAGGGAAAUAUUGUUAUAACGCCCAAAUCAUCAUCUAAAUCUAUCUCAACUCCCAAUUCAUCCCCAAGAACGACAAAACAAUCAACACUUAUUCCUCUAAAAACAAAAAGCCCAUCACUAUCACCAGUAAAGUUGGGACUUGAAAACCAAACAAAUAGGAUCAAAAUUGAAUCUCCGAAAAAAAAACUAAAUUUUGUUGAUGAAAAUACAACUAUUGGUAAAUCAGGCUCUAAAAGAAAAAUAUCACCUAAUAAAACACCAGAAAACAAAAAAAUUAAAAUUAGUCCAGUAGAUUCUCCAGACACUCAAGAAAGUGGGUAUGCUACAGAAUCAUCUCCUUCACAGUCAGUUAAAUCUGCUAUCCUUAUGGGCAAUAUUGAAUCAAAACUUUGGGUGGAAAAGUAUAAACCUUUAACAUUAAAACAAAUUAUUGGCCAAACAGGCGAAAAAAGUAAUGUUAAUAAACUGGUAAAUUGGUUAAAAUCCUGGUAUUCAAACCAUGGAGUAGGGGUCAAUAAAAAAUUAACUAGACCAAGUCCUUGGGCAAAAGAUGAUAAUGGAGCAUUUUUCAAAGCCGCUCUUCUUUCUGGUUCUCCUGGUGUUGGAAAAACGACAACUGCUCAUUUAGUAUGUAAAGAAUUGGGUUUUGAUAUUGUGGAAUUUAAUGCUUCUGAUACAAGAUCCAAGAAACAAUUGCAAAAUCAUGUAUCUGAACUUUUAUCUUCAACUUCUUUGAGUCCCUUUUUGGGUGGAAAAUCUGUAACUAAAAAGCAUGCUCUAUUAAUGGAUGAAGUUGACGGUAUGGCAGGAAAUGAAGAUCGAGGUGGUGUACAAGAGUUAAUUAUUUUAAUUAAAAAUGCCAAAUGCCCAGUAAUAUGUAUGUGUAAUGAUCGAAAUCAUCCAAAAAUACGUACAUUGUCCAACUAUUGUUUUGAUCUUCGAUUUCAUAAACCAAAAUUAGAACAAAUUAAAGCUGCUAUGAUGAGUAUUUGUUUCAAAGAAAAAUUAAAAAUUUCUCCAGACACAUUAUCUUCAAUUAUUGCUAGUACAGAUAAUGAUAUUAGAUUAACACUCAAUCAUUUGUCAGUUGUCGCUGCAGGAAAAGAUAAUUUAAACAUAAACAAAAAAUAUAUUAAAAUGGGCCCAUGGGACGUUGUGCGUAAAGUUUUUUCUGCUGAAGAACACAAAUCAAUGAAUAUUAUUGAUAAAUGUGACCUUUUCUUUUAUGAUUAUAACAUAUCACCAUUAUUUGUUCAAGAAAAUUAUUUAGCUGCUGUUCCUCAUGAUGUCGAAGGUUCUAAAUGGAAAACAUUUGAACGCUAUUCAUUAGCGGCAGACAGCAUACGAAUAGGAGACAUAGUUAGUGCAAAAAUUAGAUCUACCAAUAACUGGAGCUUACUCCCUGCACAAGCUAUAUUUUCUAGUUAUUGCCCUGGAGAAUUUCUGAGAGGUCAUAUAAGUAAACAAAUUAACUUCCCAGCUUGGCUAGGGAAAUUUUCCAAGGGAAAUAAAAUGAACAGACUUUUACAAGAAUUACAAAUUCAUACGAGAAUAAGAUUAUCUGCAAGUAAGGAAGCAAUAAAUCUUGAUUACUUAACCACUCUACGAGAUAAGAUUCUCAAACCUCUUAUUGAUGAAGGCAGUGAUGGUGUUCAUAAAUCCUUAGAUUUUAUGAAUCAUUAUCAUCUUGUGAAAGAUGAUGUGGAAUCUCUCAAUGAACUAUCUUCAUGGCCUGGCCAUAAAGAUCUUAUGUCUGACAUCCCAGCUAAAGUAAAAAGUGCCUUUACUAGAGCAUAUAAUAAAAGUGCACCAACAUUCAACGUAACAAAAAAGAAUAAAAAAACCGUAGAUAAUGUUGAAGGUCUGAUAGAUGAACAUGAGAUUGAUGAUAUGAGUGAUGAAGAUGACGAAGAUAUCGCAAAUGAUGCCUUGAUUUCAAUUGUGAAGAAAAAAGCCGGUAAAAAAGCAGCAUCACCAUCACCGGCUCCUGAUAAGAAAAUCAAAAAUAGUGGUGGUAGUGGCAGGGGUAAAAAAAAGAAGUAGUUAAUUUUGUUAUUAUUGCAUAAAUUGUUUUUCUAUUUGCUUAAACCUAAUUUUAAUAACUGUUGAUCAUUAGGAAUAAAAUAA